AUAUCUUUUUUAUCGAGAAAAAGAUUAUAGAAUACAUUAUACAGAAAUACGUUUAAAUAAAUAUUAACAUUGAGUGAUUUAAUGUUUUAAGCAAUAUGGGAUUAUUAUUUUCAAAAUUGUGGAGUCUCUUUGGCAAUGAAGAACAUAAAAUAGUUAUGGUAGGAUUAGAUAAUGCUGGUAAAACAACUAUAUUAUACCAGUUCCUAAUGAAUGAAGUUGUUCAUACAUCACCAACUAUUGGAUCCAAUGUUGAAGAAGUUGUUUGGAAAAAUAUUCAUUUCAUAAUGUGGGAUUUGGGUGGACAGCAAAGUUUAAGAGCUGCAUGGUCUACCUAUUAUACUAAUACAGAGUUUAUUAUUAUGGUUAUAGAUAGUACAGAUAGAGAAAGACUUUGUGUAAUAAGAGAAGAGUUAUAUUCAAUGCUAAAUCAUGAAGAAUUAAGUAAAGCUAAUGUUUUAGUUUAUGCUAAUAAACAAGAUUUAAAAGGUAGCAUGACAGCUGCUGAAAUCUCUAGACAACUAGAUUUAACUUCCAUUAAGAAACAUCAAUGGCACAUACAAAGCUGUUGUGCACUUACAGGAGAAGGGCUUUAUCAAGGUCUUGAAUGGAUUGUUGGUCGUUUAAAAAAGACAUGACGUACAUUAUGAGAAAUGAUUUUGAAUGUAACAAAAUAUUUAAACUGUAAAGUAUAUCUUUAUUGUAAGUUACUGUGUCAUUCUAACAAUUGUACAAAUGAUAUAAGAAUGAAUGAUCAUUUUUCAAAUGGUACACUAGCUUCAUGCAUAACUGCAUAUACUGAUUAAAAUUAUUGCAAACAUUUAAUAUAUCAAAUGGUGGACGGGUAAACUUUAUCUUAUCUAUCAAUGUGAUACAAAAUAUAAAGAUUAAUGAUUAUAAUAUAAAAAUAAAGUAACAUUUUAAUUAUUCUUUAUAAAAUAUAUUUAAGACAUCAUAUUAUAAGAAAACAGAAAAAUUUAGAAUAUUGAAAGUCUUUUAUAAAAAGUAUUGUUGAAAUAACUAUAGCAAAAAUUUUUUUAUCAGUCUAUGAAAAAAUAAAUAUUAUUGAUACUUUUUACAAGACUGCCAAAUUAACCUAUUCUAUCAAAUUAAUUAUAUAAAUAUCAUUUAUAGCUAUAAAUGUUAUAUUAAAAUUACAAUCUAAAUAGUAUUAAAUUUUAUUUUUUAUUCAACAAUAAAAUAUAAUAAAAAUAUUGCAUGCAUAUUUAAAUAGUAAAAAGUUUAAUCUUGAUCCCGUCCACCUAUAUUUAUAUAAACAUAAAGAUAAAUUAUUUAUUCAUUUUAUUCAGCUGAUAUGUGGAUAAAAUUUUUUUGGCGAUUUUCAAGAAUAUAUUAAUGUACAUAGUUUUUUAUACUCCACAUUAAUAGUAAACAAUUGUAAAAAGUCAACUUCAAUUUAGCAUCAAUUGCAGCAUAUAUUUUUCAACUUUCUAUGUAAGAAUUUGAACAUUUCUUAAUGCUUGGUAUUGCAAACAUCAUUAAAAAUUUUAAAAUAAUGUUAUUCAAUCAGUCCAGAGUUGGGCAAUAAUUAAUUGUUUUGAAGUGAUUUUUAAAUAAUUUAUUAUUAAAAGUCACUAUAAUUAUCAUCAUUAAUCAAAUAAUAAUAUCACAUAUAAGAUAAUUAUGCACAAUACUUGUAAUCCAUAAUCAUAAAUCAAUAAUUUGUAAUUAUUUAAUGAUCAUUAAAGAUUAUUUUAAUAUUUAGUAGAACAAA